AUGCAGAAUGAUCUCGCCCAGAUCCUGCAAAGCAUAGACUGGGAGAGCAUUCGCGAGGAGAGCGAGACAACUUCUGCGGGCGCCACAUCCGUGCCAGCUGCACUGCCCAGCGACGCGUCCUUGCCACAUGCUGAAAGCGGCGUCUCAGGCCAUGUGGAGGGAGCGAGGGAUGGCUCCUCCAUGGCGGCUACUAGCAUUCCGGUACCGCAGCAACAGCAGCAGCAGCAGCAGCAGCAGCAGAUGCCCACGCUGCAAAUGGGACCCGCGGGGGGCGCGUAUUACGUCAAUGCGCCAUCGUAUCAGGCGAUUGGCAUGCCAGCCCCCCAAGGUCGCGGACAAGUUCAGACUCAGCCAAUGAUGUUUGCGCAGCCGGGGGGACAAGUGAUGUACAUGCAGAUGCCAUACUUCCAACACGCAGCGUAUCAACAUAAUAUCUCCCCGCAGCAGCUAUACUCCACACCACAAAACCCAUAUUAUCAUCCACACUUCGUACAACUCCCAGUAGAGGGGCAAAUGUUGCCCCAAAUGCCUCAGCUUCCUCAACAACAGCAGCAACAACAGCAACAGUACUGUCCUCCCUCAGCGCUUCCGACGCGAGGUAUGUCUACAGCCGCCUUUCAACAGCAAAAGCAACAACCAGACUUUGUUGAUAAUCAAGGUGGAUUUGUUUGUCUACUACCAGGAACCCAGCUACCGCAGGGAGCACCGCUCUACUACUACGGUGUGCGGCCAACGAGGCAGUACUUGGCUACACAGCAACAGGAAAAUUUCUUUGACCCGCCGGGAUACAAUACCGCCUUCUGGCAAGCGAACUCACAGUUUACGGACAGAACCGAAAACUCAGCAAGAAGAGAAGGGAAGGGGAAGAGUUCGAGGGUGCCGAGUUGCACGCUAUGUGGUCAGUCAAACUUUACUUCUGAGAGCGCGCUUCGUUCUCAUGUGCGCACUAAGCACGGGGAUAAUGGAUCACCUCCGGCCACAUUGCAGUCGACGGAGAGCGCCGUAAACGUGACUCCUGCAGCUGCACCUGAUGACAAGGACUUGCCGGGGUGA